CAGAUAGGGGUUAGGCCAUGAACUUUAUAAAUCUCAAGUCAAAGCAAGAACUUAUCAAACUCGCCCCCGUUGCACCAGCCUCUCUCCCCACAGACGAAGCUGCAGGCUGCCAAACACCCGCUCGGAGGCACCUAUUUUGACGCGACGCCUGGCCUCCUCCACUCCCAGUACGGGGACACACAGCACGGCACCGAGCGCAGCAGCGUCUCCGCUAUCUAUCGAGGCCUCACACGUGGCGAUCGCCUUCGAAUUCGCUGCAGGACGUGCUGCUGCUCUUCUGCGCCUCUAGAAGCUCUCUUCAAGUGUGCAGACGUCUGUAAGAGCACUCAGUAUGAAGAAGUCUCCAGUAGCAGCCAUGAGCAACAUCCGUGAGGCGGUGCGGCGCAAGAGUGUGGGGCUUAGCUUCACUACCAACUUCAGCAUCUUCAGCCGCAGCGGGGCCAGCUCCACAGGCGAGGAUGACCGCUCGGAGCACGAAGGUGACGACUAUAACGACGACUCGGAGAGCAGUCGCUACAACCGCUCGCGGCAGGACUCGGUGGCCGGUGAGGACGACCCAGACAGCAGUCCAUCGCCCGCUGUCAGCUCUCGUAGCUCGUACGUGGAGCCUCCCGAGCCGCCACUGCCGCCUCCAGGGGGAUUGCUGGAAGCAGCCACUAAGAAUGUGCAGGGAAAAAUGCAGACACUUAUGGAGACCUUCCACGAAGUCACAACGUCCCAUGACGAUGAAACGAUCCAGUGCAGCGUCUUCCUGUCCAGAACGGCCUUGUUUUCUGACCGACUCGUGGUGUUUAUCGGCGACAGCGAUGGAUGUCCAGCAGGCAUUUGGAGUGCUCGUCUGUGUGUUCGAUCAGGGUCUGAAGGUGGCGGUAUCUUCAAGGGCAGUUUGGGAUCCAUGCUGCCGUAUAUAAUGAAGGCCAAAGAAGACAAGCUCGGCAUUGUGCUAUUUGACGACAUCUUCAAGGAUUCGAUGCGGUCUGGAGAAAUCGACAUGAGGAGUGCUGUGCAGCGGUUUAUGACGGGCUGGCGCAACCACGUGUUGACUUCCAGAGCCACGCACGUGUUUAUCGUGGCAUACCGAGAUGGCGGGAGUCUGCUGGUGGAAGCUUUACGGUCGCACAUGAAGGAGAUGCAGCGUCACAUUAGUGGAGUCGCCUUCUUGCAGUCUACACACCACAUUUCAUCGGACGACUCGUAUACAUUACGAAAGAUGAUUGCUCAGUGGUGCAUCGCCUACUUGUCAUCACCUGACGGUGUACAGGCGUUGAAACGCAUGAAGUCGAGAGAACCCCCCUUGGGUUGCGUGGUUUUGUCGGCAGGCCGCACGAAUUCGGACGUGGACUUGCUGCAGACUGUCGUGGCAUCGGUGUAUGCGAGCUUCAAGGCGAGAUGGUCAGGUUUCCGCGUGAAAAACGUAAAUAGCGGCAUGGAGAAGGCUUGCUACUUGUGCAAGGGUCCAUUCAACAUGCGUCGUUGGCGCCGGCAUUGCCGCACGUGUCAGAAUCCUUGCUGUGAGAAGUGUUCGACUGUAGAGAACACACGUCACGAAGGCCAGGUGCGUCUCUGUUUGACGUGUCGGGCGCUGCCUUCACUCAUCCACUGGUCGAGACCCCGUGCUGUCCGUACGGGUGAGAAGGAGAGCGUAUUUAGUGGAUCAGCCAAGCCCGGCAAGAUGUCUGUGAAUGAUUUCGAGCUCGUCACGGUCAUUGGCCGCGGUGCCUGCGGCAAGGUGCUGUUGGUGUUGAAGAAGGAUGGCGCAGACGCUGGCCACUUGUACGCUAUGAAGGUGCUGAAGAAGGAGUGGGUGAUGAACAAGGAUCUGGUCACUCAGACGAUGGCAGAGCGCCGUAUCCUGCAGGAGGCCAACCACCCGUACAUCGUCCAGCUGAAGUACGCCUUCCAGAACCAGGACAAGCUUUACAUGGUGAUGGAGUACUACAGCGGUGGGUCGCUACGUCAGGUGCUACGACGUCGCGGUCGAUUCAGUAUCAAGCGUGCUCGGUUUUAUCUGGCCGAGAUCCUGCUCGCUAUCGCGCAUCUGCACACGUCGAACAUCCUGUACCGCGAUUUGAAACUAGAGAACAUCGUCAUUACUGCGGACGGCAAUGUGGCGUGCACGGACUUUGGUCUUUCGAAGGAGGAGAUGGAUGACAACGAAAGAACGAGCUCGUUUGUGGGCACGUGCGAGUACUUGGCGCCCGAGUUGAUUAUGAAAGAAGGCUACGGCAAGGCUGUGGACUGGUGGGCGCUGGGUAUCUUGGCGUACGAGAUGAUUCAGGGCGACUCGCCGUUCCGUCACAAUGUGCCAACCAUCCUGUUUGACAAGAUUUUGAAGGAGGAGCCGGAAUUCAGCGACCGCUUCACCCCGGAAGCUCAGGAUCUGAUUAUGAAGCUGCUGACGAAAGACCCAGAGCACCGUCUUGGCUGUGGACCCGACGGUGUCGAGGAGAUCAAGCAGCACCCGUUCUUCGCAGAGAUUGACUGGGACAAACUGCUGGCUAUGGAGAUGGAAGUCCCGCGCCCUCCGCAUCGCAUGGAGGACGUGACUGACGAGAGCCAUCUAUCUCGCGCUAUUGCCAAGAUGCGCGAGGCACGUGAAGAGAUCAUGCCGGACUCGCCGGUGUCGUUGCCGUCGUCUCCGUCCGAGCAGAAGCACUUUGACCGCUUCUCGUACCAAGGACUGGGAGACUGGAAGCCCGAGAUGGCUGACAUGGAGUUUGAUGAAGAGACGGGCGACUUCAAGCAAGGAACCAUUCAUGAAGACGAAGAGUUUGUGGAGGAGGAGUACAUUGAGGAGUCUGGAGACGGUGACGGCGUGCCGCUGUCUCCUGGCUCGAAGGAAAACUCGAUGACGUCCUCGAAGGCGUCUCCGUCCAAGGCUAACGGCUCGGAUACUCCUCCAGCUUCGAGUUCGGCUGCAUCAGCGUCCCCGAGGAGUCCACAGAGCGUGGGCAGCCCCGGCAGUCCGCCACCCGUGCCUAUGAGCCCUGGUAGUCCCGAAGGUUCCGCGCCGUGCACGCCAACAGAGCCACAGUCCCAGACCAUUUAGGGAAGCGCAUUCAAUUGUAGGCAGGGAGAUACAUACAGACCGUUUGUGGAUGUAAAUGCAUGAUGAUGGUUGAGAAAUCACAUGAAGGGAGGAGCAGGGAUGAAGGCAGGAAGGAGUGCGAGGGCAAUGAGAGGCUGGGAGCUUCGAGUCUUGCGCCGCAUUUUGGUUUAACGCGUUGAAGCGGGCUCUUGGCCAAUCAACGACUUGAUCAGGUCUCAUUGCAUGAUUGUGUGACGUACUUCGUUGCCAGAAAAGGGAAGGGCUUCAGUAAUCAAACCUGGCGUCCUAUCAAUGAAAUAUGAGUACUACUA